CCGGCCAAGUGAGGCGGUGAUGCGGGCGCUGGCGGCCUCGGCGGCGCCGAGAGCGGAGACACAGGCUCAAGAUGGCAGAUUCCGACUGAGGCUGGGGGGGCCGAGCUCGCGCGCCGCUUUCCCUUCUCCGUGGCCAUGAAUCGCGGACACCCCGGCCCCGAUGGCCCCCGUGUACGAAGGUAUGGCCUCACAUGUGCAAGUUUUCUCCCCUCACACCCUUCAAUCAAGUGCCUUCUGUAGUGUGAAGAAACUGAAAGUGGAGCCGAGUUCCACCUGGGACAUGACUGGGUACGGCUCCCACAGCAAAGUGUAUAACCAGAGCAAGAACAUCCCGCCUUCUCAGCCAGCCACCACGACCGUCAGCACCUCCUUGCCGAUCCCAAACCCAAGCCUACCUUACGAGCAGACCAUCAUCUUCCCAGGAAGCACCGGGCACAUAGUCGUAACAUCAGCAAGUAGCACUUCUGUCACGGGGCAAGUCCUCGGCGGACCACACAACCUAAUGCGUCGAAGCACUGUGAGCCUUCUUGACACCUACCAAAAAUGUGGACUCAAGCGCAAGAGUGAGGAGAUUGAGAACACAAGCAGCGUGCAGAUCAUCGAAGAGCAUCCACCCAUGAUUCAGAAUAAUGCCAGCGGGGCCACUGUAGCCACUGCCACCACGUCCACUGCCACCUCCAAAAACAGUGGCUCCAACAGUGAAGGAGAUUAUCAGCUGGUGCAGCAUGAAGUGCUGUGCUCCAUGACCAACACCUACGAGGUCUUAGAGUUCCUGGGCCGAGGGACGUUUGGGCAAGUGGUCAAAUGCUGGAAACGGGGCACCAAUGAAAUUGUGGCCAUCAAGAUUCUGAAGAACCACCCGUCCUAUGCCCGACAGGGUCAGAUCGAAGUGAGCAUCCUGGCCCGGCUGAGCACGGAGAGUGCCGAUGACUACAACUUUGUGCGGGCCUACGAGUGCUUCCAGCACAAGAACCACACGUGCUUGGUCUUUGAGAUGUUGGAGCAGAACCUCUAUGACUUUCUGAAGCAGAACAAGUUUAGCCCCUUGCCCCUCAAGUACAUUCGCCCGGUCCUCCAGCAGGUGGCCACAGCCCUGAUGAAACUCAAAAGCCUAGGUCUUAUCCAUGCUGACCUCAAGCCAGAGAACAUCAUGCUGGUGGAUCCAUCCCGGCAGCCAUACAGAGUCAAGGUCAUCGACUUCGGUUCAGCCAGUCACGUGUCCAAGGCUGUGUGUUCCACCUACCUGCAGUCCCGAUACUACAGGGCCCCUGAGAUCAUCCUUGGUUUACCGUUUUGCGAGGCAAUUGACAUGUGGUCCCUGGGCUGUGUCAUUGCAGAGCUGUUCCUGGGUUGGCCAUUGUAUCCAGGAGCUUCUGAGUAUGAUCAGAUUCGGUAUAUUUCACAAACACAGGGUUUGCCAGCUGAAUAUUUAUUAAGCGCAGGGACAAAGACAACUAGGUUUUUCAACCGUGACACAGACUCGCCGUAUCCUUUGUGGAGACUGAAGACACCAGAUGACCAUGAAGCAGAGACGGGGAUUAAGUCAAAAGAAGCAAGAAAGUACAUUUUCAACUGUUUAGAUGACAUGGCCCAGGUGAACAUGACCACAGAGUUGGAAGGGAGUGACAUGUUGGUGGAGAAGGCAGACCGGCGGGAGUUCAUUGACCUGUUGAAGAAGAUGCUGACCAUAGAUGCUGAUAAGAGAAUCACGCCAAUUGAAACCCUGAACCACCCCUUUGUCACCAUGACACACCUACUCGAUUUUCCCCAUAGCACACAUGUUAAAUCAUGUUUCCAAAACAUGGAGAUUUGCAAACGUCGGGUGAACAUGUAUGACACAGUGAACCAGAGCAAAACCCCUUUCAUCACGCAUGUGGCCCCCAGCACCUCUACCAACCUGACCAUGACCUUCAACAACCAGCUGACCACUGUCCACAACCAGGCUCCCACCUCCACCAGUGCCACUAUUUCCUUAGCCAAUCCCGAAGUCUCCAUACUAAACUACCAAUCUACACUCUACCAGCCCUCAGCGGCAUCCAUGGCUGCAGUGGCCCAGCGGAGCAUGCCCCUGCAGACGGGAACAGCCCAGAUUUGUGCCCGGCCUGACCCCUUCCAGCAAGCUCUCAUCGUGUGUCCUCCUGGCUUCCAAGGCUUGCAGGCUUCCCCCUCGAAGCACGCUGGCUACUCAGUGCGAAUGGAAAAUGCGGUGCCUAUUGUCACUCAAGCCCCAGGAGCUCAGCCUCUUCAGAUCCAACCAGGUCUGCUUGCCCAGCAGGCCUGGCCGAGUGGGACCCAACAGAUCCUGCUUCCUUCAGCAUGGCAGCAGCUGACUGGAGUGGCCACCCACACAUCAGUGCAGCAUGCGACUGUGAUUCCCGAGACCAUGGCAGGCACCCAGCAGUUGGCCGACUGGAGGAACACGCAUGCGCACGGCAGCCAUUACAAUCCCAUCAUGCAGCAGCCCGCGCUAUUGACUGGUCAUGUGACCCUCCCAGCCGCCCAGCCCUUAAAUGUGGGUGUGGCCCACGUGAUGCGGCAGCAGCCAACCAGCACCACCUCCUCUCGGAAGAGUAAGCAGCACCAGUCAUCUGUGAGAAACGUCUCCACCUGUGAAGUGUCCUCCUCCCAGGCCAUCAGCUCCCCUCAGCGAUCCAAACGUGUCAAGGAGAACACACCUCCCCGCUGCGCCAUGGUGCACAGCAGCCCAGCCUGCAGUACCUCCGUCACAUGUGGGUGGGGCGACGUGGCCUCCAGCACCACCAGAGAGCGGCAGCGACAAACGAUUGUCAUCCCCGAUACCCCCAGCCCCACAGUCAGCGUCAUCACCAUCAGCAGCGACACAGAUGAGGAGGAGGAACAAAAACAUGCCCCCACCAGCACUGUCUCCAAGCAAAGAAAAAAUGUCAUCAGCUGUGUCACAGUCCACGACUCUCCCUACUCGGACUCCUCCAGCAACACCAGCCCCUACUCUGUGCAGCAGCGUGCCGGGCACAAUAACACCAACGCCUUUGACAGCAAGGGGACCCUGGAGAAUCAUUGCACUGGCAACCCCCGAACCAUCAUCGUGCCCCCCUUGAAGACCCAGGCCAGUGAGGUGUUGGUGGAAUGUGACAGCCUGGGGCCAGUCAACACCAGUCACCACUCGUCCUCCUACAAGUCCAAGUCCUCCAGCAAUGUGACCUCUACCAGCGGUCAUUCUUCAGGGAGCUCGUCGGGAGCCAUCGCCUACCGGCAGCAGCGGCCAGGCCCCCAUUUCCAGCAGCAGCAGCCCCUCAAUCUCAGUCAGGCCCAGCAGCACAUGGCCGCAGACCGCACCGGGAGCCAUCGACGGCAGCAGGCCUACAUCGCUCCCACCAUGGCUCAGGCUCCGUACACCUUCCCACACAACAGCCCCAGCCACGGCACUGUCCACCCCCACCUGGCUGCUGCUGCCGCCGCCCACCUCCCCACCCAGCCUCACCUCUACACCUACACAGCGCCUGCAGCCCUGGGCUCCACUGGCACCGUGGCCCACCUGGUGGCCUCCCAAGGCUCRGCUCGCCACACCGUGCAGCACACUGCCUACCCGGCCAGCAUCGUCCACCAGGUCCCCGUGAGCAUGGGCCCCCGGGUCCUGCCCUCGCCCACCAUCCACCCAAGUCAGUAUCCAGCCCAGUUUGCCCACCAGACCUACAUCAGCGCCUCGCCAGCCUCCACCGUCUACACUGGAUACCCACUGAGCCCUGCCAAGCUCACAAACCCAUUCUGCACCAAACUGGAAAGGAGAAGAAGAGAGCCACGGGAAGAUUCCAGAAGCGAGGGGCCCCAGUUUUUGAAGAACUUUAUCUAUGAACUUUUCAAAAGAUUAUUUUCAUAUGGCAGCGAAUAACAUUGAAGAAUUUGCUGUCAGGGACACCUGAUAUGGAAAUCCAAUAGAUUUUUAAUUAAUUAAACAUAAGAAUUAGGGAUUUUUCCAGAAUGCUAAAGGGUUAACACCUCUCCAUAGUCAGGCCAUGGCCUGAGAGGCUGAUUUGGGGGUUGGGGGGCUGGCGAAGCCCAGCCCUGGCUUGUUUAUCAGAAAUGAUGGGCUCUGCCAGGCUGACCAGAAACCCCCUGGGAGGGGCGGGUUUUCUCUUCUGAGCACUCUGGAUAAAUCCCUAAGCAAUGUUAUUCCUCAGAUGUCAUUAACGAUGUGUGUGACAAACUUGAGAUUUUUUUUCCUUUCUGAAGAUCUAUUUUCCUUUGAGUCCACCCCAUCACGUAGCGCAGGCUGGCGCCGUCAAGGUACCCUGGUGGAAUGUAGCCCUGCGCCCUUGCUGUGUACCUUGUGUUCAACUCCAGCGAUACCAAUAGACUAUUCCUGUGUAAUUGCACAAAACAAAGUGGUAUAACUUAGGCGUGUAACCAAUGCAGUGGUCCCGGUGAGCGAGCGUGUGUGGCCAGCGCAUGGGUGUGAGCGCGGAGGCCACCCUCCCUGUGUCCCUCGGCACCGCGUCACAGCCCUCGAAGUCUUGCUUUUGCAUCAUUCCCUCCUAGUGCCUUACGGAACGACAGACAGACUCGGUGUAGGGAGGCUCCCGCUGGCACCCCAGGAAGCCAGCCGGGCUGAUCCAGGCCACCUCAGCUCUUCUGUUGCGCUGUUGGAACAUUCACUCGGGUCUUUCCUUUUUGGUUCUUUCUGUUGUUGUUUUUCCCCAUGCCCAUUGUCCUUCUUGGGCUGUUUGCUGGCAGGGCUUCAAGGAGAAUCCGUGGACUUGAGAGUGACGGGGCUCUGUGGUGGGAGGGCACAUCUGAUGACCCAAAUGCUUUGUGUUGAGUUUUACUUUGGGAGCAGACACCCAGAGACUCCCCACCCUUCACCUUCACCCUGCCCAGUUCUGCCCAUCAGACCAGCUCUGGCACUGAUACCAGGGAUUUUAGGAAUGUCCACUUUGCAGAGCAGCAGCCUCCAGGCCCACCACCACCUUCCUACGACCGUCUGCAGGGACUCGAGGAGGCUACACACACCCCAGCUGCACCCCGGUCCCUCCAUCCCACAGGAAGCCUGGCGUCCGCAGCCCCGCCCCACGCUUCCCUCUCCACCAGCUCCCUGGGCGCUGUUUUGCUCUGCCCAUUUGGCCAGAUCCCCAGCUCUAUAGACAACCACCAACCCGUUUGUUGUUGAAUUCUUUCCUUGGAUUACCCAGAUCUGCUCAAGACAUGAUUUUGGUCUUGGCAUUUGAGGAGUCUGGUGGGCAGAGGUUGGAGGGAUGCUGAUGAGGGUGACCAGGGGUCCUAUGCUGCACUUGAGAAAACACUCUCACAGAUGAUUAAGUCUCCAAAGAAAUCUGGCCUGCACCCUCUAUGUACAUUGGCUCCAUCCUGGAAGUUUUCUCAGGCUUUGGAUACGGCAGGUAGGGAUGGGAAGGGAGUCCUCUCUGCUCUUAGGGAACAACUCUGAAGCAGGUAGACACUCAGAAGCCCUCUGGUCAAGAACGGGGCUUGACGGGUGGCUCUGAUUGUUUGAUCCUGACGCAGAGUCCUUACCUGACACCUCAGCCAAGUUCCAGGUGCAAAGAGAUCUUCUGGGUCAGAGCCUCGGCCUUCUCCUUGCCUUUGCUGCCUCACUCUGCAGGCCCUAGCGAUCUACUGUGAAAGGGGUUUUCGUAGUGAUAUCCGCCCUCACUCAGUAAUGAAGUCGGUACUUAGCUCUUAGCUGUGAAGGAACUCCGGAAACUUCCCCUCCCCGAACAUAAAUUCUUACAAAGAAAUAGGUCCCCGGACUGGAGAGGAUGAAGUGCCGGCCUUGGGCCCGAAGGAAGGACACAGCACCUGUGCAAGGCCAGGCACACUCAGUGGUGCCACAAGGACCCGCCUGAGGCAGGCCUGCAGUGGAUCUGCAGGAGAUGCUCCCUGGGGCCCAGAUCAGUGCGGCUUCAGCUGGAGGUGGGGAGGCGCCUGUCCCGAGACAGCAGGAAGAGGCCAGCUGAGAGUGCGAGGGCGCAGGCCUUCAGAGGACGCCGGCCUUCAGAGGACGCCGGAACUGGAGCCGCGCCACCCUGGAAAACCUUUCUGUUUGGACUUUCAGCAGCAAAAUGGCCACACAGUCCCACCAGAUCCUCUCCUACAGUUACAAGGCGUCUAGUCUUGGCUGAAAAUGAGCCUCAGUCUGCCUGUCUGAGCAGAGCUCUGGACUCCUGGCACAGUGCAGUUCCAGCCCUUUCUAGAUCUCAUCUUUUAGGGGGAAAGACGACUUCCAAUGUUCUUUCCGUUUCCUUUUGUCUGCUUAAAUUGAAGCUUCUCACUCUUUCACCUGAUGUUUUCUUUCCUUUUCUCCUUCCAGAUCAGGAAUGAAAGUUCCAUGCUGCUCAUGAAGUCGAUAUUAUUGUGCUGAUUAUUUUUGUUAUUGCCAUUGUAAUUAUGUUCAUUAUCAUCGUAUUGCUGUUUUAGUCAGGGUUUUAAAUGCACAUUUAUUCCAAGUUUCUUUGUGUUUUCUCUUUAAUAUUUAAAUUUACUGUAUCUGUGAGUAUAGGAGAAGACUGGAGGGACAUACAGAUGUCCGAUUUUGUCAGACAAAAAAAAAAAAAAAAGCCCUGGAAUUAGGAAGAUUGUUUCUAUCAUUUCUUCCACAAAGAGCCACUGAGGAAGACCUACCACAGAGCAAAGUGUGAAGAGUCAAGGCCUUUUCCUCUGCAAAACCCAGCUGAGGCCCUGGACAGCAUGAUCGCCAUUGGUGUAUUUUUCUGAUUUCCAGUAGCCUGGGAGGCCACCUGAGGAGGCAGCUUCUGGGCUCAGGGACUCUGGGUGCACUGACCCUGGAACCCUUAGCUUCUCCCCCCACUUUCUACGCUCUCCUGUUCAUCCCCAAUGUGCUAACUACACUCUUAGCCUGCCUCAUAUCUGUUAUUUAAGCAAAAAAGCUCCUCUUCCCAGAGCUCACCCAGCCCCUUUCCAAAACAUUCACCCUUCCCAUCAGCCCCCCCAAAGCGUGGCUUGCAUCCUUCAGUGCAGAGGCAGUUCCCCCUCCCCCCCAGCCUCUGUCUUACUUUGCCUCAAUAACCACCUCCCCCACUUCUUUGGUCUGCCCCUUCCCCCUGGAUACAUCCUCCCAGCACAUAGUUCUCUCAAGCCAAAUAAAGGUGGCAGAAUGAGGAAGAAGCCAGAGAACCCCGAGUGAAGCCACUCAGACAUUGCCACAUGUCCCCCACAAUAUUCUUUACAAGUGGGGGAGCACGGCAGGACCUCGCAGCCUUUCCUGGGCUCUUCCUGUGCCCUCAGUGUCCUGGGCUGUGAGUGAUGGGUGCCCACACACUGCCCACCAAGCCCAGGAACUGCUAAAGCUAAAGUGGCCAGUUUCCCUGAAGGGAAGUAAGCUGUUGGGCAGUGGACAGCCCCUCUGACACUCAGCAGAUAUUCAUGUCCACCUAGUCCUCACCCAGCAUCCUUUGUCUCAAGCACAAAGCUGUUGCAUUGGAAGCCACACAAGGAGACUCCAGCGUGACCAUUAGCUUCCGUGCCCAAACCCCACACCCCUGGUACUCCAGCACUAAACCCCCUUGGCAGAGAGUCUCAUAAAAGGGUGCCAUCCCUGGGACCAAGCUUUCAAGUGGGGAGAUGUUCUCCUUGUCCUCAGGUAGACCACAAAUCCCCUAUGGCCUCACCAAGCCUUGGAUUGGCUCCAUCCUUCCUCAGUGAAGAAACUCAGCUCAGAGUGAAGGGAGGAUCGAGAAGGACAGGUCACAGAGAAGCGUUUCAUUGGAACCUCAUGAACCUCAGGUCAGUGUGCUCCCCCAGGGUUCUCACCCAUCCAGGCGGUGGCGCCCAUGUCCUUGUGCUUAGUGCCUCUGGUGAUAUUUGGGAUGUUCCCAAGAGAAAGGGUGAGCAGGCCAAUGGUGUGCAAGUCCAGUGGAUGUCAGUUUGGACCGCGAGGCGGAGCAGGUGGUCAGGGUGACUCAGAGGAAGCAGGGUGAAGCGGGUGCCAUUGUCUCCUGGACGGUCGCAUUUCUCACCCUCCUGGUAGCUGAUUGUUGUGGCUGUGGAAGCCAGCUGGGCUUUGUCCUCUUCAGCUGGGGGACUCACACCUGCCCAGAUGCCAUGGUUCCAGAUGGAAGGUCAGGGAGGGGAGAUCAGCACAAGUGACAGAAUGACUUCCCUGGACUAGAUCCUGGGAGUUGCAGACACUCCCAAGCUUCCAACAGGCUUGUGGUGGAGGGUUUGGGUUGUGUGCGUGUGUGCAUGUGAGUGAGCGGAGCAGACAUUAUUGGAAACUGGAGCGAGGAGAUGAGGAGGCUUAAGGAAGUAUUACUGAAGGUUCAUGGUCGGGAGAAUGACGUGGGUCCCCGCCCCUCCCCAGCUCUCCCGCCAGCUUCUCAUUGACUGAGGGCAGGGUGGCACUCGUAGGGCAUUUGCUCCUGCUGGCCUGCCAAGCAGCUGAAGGACAGAAAAUGGAAAGAAGAAAAUAGCUCAGUAUCCUCAACCAGCAGAGAGAACUCAACCGAGAGGCGAGGGUUCCUUCCGCAGGCCCAGCCUGGCAGGAGCCGCUUUUUCAACACAUUCCAGUCCAGGGACUUGCAGGCUCCCUUCCCCCUUUGUGUCUUUUCUUAUAUUUUACAGAUCCCCAAAGGGGAAGCCUCAAAUUUGAGCAGGCCAAAUUGUCCUUACCAAAUUGGAAAGGAAGGUGAAGCCGUCCUUUCCACUGCCAAAGAACCCUUCUCAAAGGCACCUCCAGAGAUGGACACAGUGGCGUUCCUCUCUUUCCUUUCUGGGCAAUAAUGCCAUCAGGAGUGAAGCAGUUCUGUUUGUAACUGUUUUUCUCUCUAUCCUGACUUCUUUGUUUUAAUUGCAUUUAUUUCAAAACUGCACUCAUCUUUUAAAAAGAGGAGUAGAGUAGUGACCCUCCACAUUGCUGCUACUGGGAAACCGGAGCUCUUGCAUCGACCUGGGCACGGAGCUUGGAGCUGCUGGGCAGUUCUGCGGCCUCGAGGCUUAGGGCGUGCUGGACUCCACUGGGCUUGGCCGCUCCUUCCCACUCCCCUGCCUCAGGACUCACUCCUUAUCUCAACAGACAGUCAAAUCUCAGCAGGUCACUAGAGAAGAGAAGCCGGCUCAGUGGAAUUUAUAUGCAAAAGAAAUCGCUUCAAGGCUUUUGGCCCUGCUGCUCAGUGUAAUGACCCAAUCAAGUAGAGGUUUCUGGUGAUAGGGCAGCUUUCAGAAAUUCAAGAGAGAGAGCUAGCUCCAUGCUGGUCUUCCCUUCAGACUCAGUUUACAGAGACGUGGCCCCUGCCGCAGACCCCAGCACAGAGCGGGCUUCCUGAUGCCUUUACGAGUUCCUCCUCGCAGACCCACAGCCUCAGUGUCCAGACUAGCAAUAUCCCUCACAGGAGGACUGGCGAGCAUCAUGUUGUGGAGCCAUCACAGCCAUCCCCUUGAGAAAAGGGUAGUUUCCCCCUCCCCACCCACUGACAGAUAAGGAAGCUGACACUCUGAGAARGUGGCACGUGUUAAAGAAAGAAAGCAAUGGUGGUCCAGAAUCCCCAAGUUUCUAGUCUAUUAAUCGUUAGUGGGCUCUUCGAGAUGUGAUUUUGUUUCACCUUUUUCAUGAACAGCAAUUGUGUGGCCUCAUAUUUCUGAUGUACCUUUUAAUGAUAUGCCCAUUUCCUUUGUGCCAAACACUGUGCUAGGAAUUGCCCGAUGGUCUUAUUUCAUUUCACACUAACCCUACGAGAUUGGCAAUAUCCGUCCCUUUACAGAGGACGUGUUGGGCUUGCAGAACUCUUAACCUUCCUGGGACCACCCAGCUGGUGAGAGGGGAGCCAGGGUCUGCCUGGUUCCAGAACUGAGCUCAGCCACCAGACCCAGCUGUCUCCUAUGUGUAUGUUGCAAAGAGAGGCCUUGAGGAAAUGUCACCCUGUGCCCUGCCUGCUCUGUGGAGCUGAGCAGGUGAAAAGAGGGCGUCCCGAACUGGAUGCAGGCAGAGGGGCAGAAUAACUUUGACUUUUUAGAAAAAUCUCUGGGGAGUUUCUUUUGAUUCCUAGAAUUCCUUUUAGAUUUCUUUCCAGUGUACCAACUAGCUUUAGUAAUGCUGCUAACUCUUAUGAGAGUGAAGGGGGAAAAAAGUGUUCUUUUCUUCUUUAAAAAAAAUAAUUUUUCUUGCUUAUAGUUAAUUCUAGAAAGGCAAUACUAAAGGUAUAUAUUUUUUUCAAAAUGCUAUUUUUUACUGCACUUAAUAAAUAUCAUGACAGCUCUGAUCUCUGUAACAGAUCCACUCUUCAGCUCUGGGCAGAACCAGAUGCAGGGUUCACACCAAAUUUGUAAAUACCAUGUGUGGGUCUGGUAUCCAGGAACGUUUUUCUUUCUGUAAAAAAAGAAAAAAGAAAAAAAAAAAGGAAGAAAGACAAGAUGACUUCUAGAAAGAGGAACAAAUUUUCUUCCAAGAGAGACACCCCUCUCAAAGAAAUAGAAAACAACAGUGUGUAAACUGAGAAAAGUGAGACAACUUUCAGGAAUUAAAGAAGCAUCUCUGGCCCCAGUGUGAGAUUGACAGUAAUACAGAUCCAUUUCCACUUUGGUUGAAAGGUGGAAAGAAUUCGAUAUGAUUUGGGACUAGAUUUUUAAUUUUCCAACAAACCGUCAUCACAUGCUAUGAAGUGUCUGCUCAGCUGUUUGGGGGUGGGUUUCUCAUUUCUCGUUUCCUUUAGAAACUUCUUGGUUGACUGGCUCCAGGCUUGUUUGCCUAAAUUCUUAGGUAGUUUACACAAGUUCUAGAAUCUUUUUAGAAUUUUAACUCCAUUGGAAGCAAACCCAACUGGUCAGAAUCGGAAUUCCUGGUUGUGUCAACAGGUAUUCUGGAAUUCUGACAGAACACCUAAAGAUUCUUUUAGAAGAUUCUAGAUACAUUAUCUUACACAAACUGUGACCUAAUGGCAAUAAUUACCUCAAACGUGGGCAUUCAUCCUGGGUUUAGCCUUUUUUGAAAUCAUGUAGCCAGCUUGAUCUUGGGAUUUAAAAAGCUAUGAAUUCUGUGUGGGCUGAAAAUAAUGAUUAGCGCACACCCUGGUCAUCGUUGCUUAAGUGAAUUCUGAAAAUAGUUCAUCUUUACAACAAGAAUGAAACCAAGGAAGAGAUCAUUCUUUGUGUUAUAAUCAAAUAUGAUGUUCAAACGCACAUGGAGCAUGUAUGUUUUUAGCUACUGUAAAAUGCUGUUAGCUUUCUGGGAUAUCAAGAGAAUCUCAUUUUAAAUGAGUAAACUGAAUAAUUGACUGUGGAUACUUAAGCAUAUCUCUGGCUACAUUUUAAAGUGUUUUAUAGUUUACAUUUAAACUGGUACUUUUUAAAGACAAUUUCUGUUUCUAACUGACUUCUUCAAACCCCCGCGAUGGUUUGCCUCCUUGGGUUGGAGGCCAUGUCUCCAAAGGCAGGUGUUUUGCCCGUUCUGUUCUGUCCCCCAGUACGUGCGUUUUCCUCCAUAUUGUUGGUUUCCAAGUGAACUUGAGAGAAUGUGAAAGGAAGUCCAGCUGGAGUGGGAGGGGCGUGUCCCGACCUGGGCAGAUGCAGUCUCGCGCCUUGUUGGGCCAGCAUUUGUCUUCAAGGCCUUGUCCUUGACACCUUGGAGGAGGCAGUGAGAACUGAUUCCUGGUUCCUUGAUUUUUGUCUUGAUUGAAUAUUUAACUUAUUAUAGAUCCACUCACUUCCACUCACUAGGCAGUAGAAGACACUGGGAUUUAGGUGGCCCUGAGGGUACCACUAUUCACUCUGGGGCCCUGCUGGUAUCCCUGUCAGUGUUUUGCAAGGGAGAACCGUGUGUCCCUGUGGCCCUGUUCUCUGGCUGGGACUUCCAUACAACUGCUGUCUUUUACUCAUUUUCUCUUUUAAAACAAAAUCCCUGUAAAAAGGACAGGUGUACAUGUUGCCUAGUGUCAAGCUGAGAUGUGAAGCUGGGCCUGGUGGGAGGGACUUGGGGUUCCACUCAGAGACUGCACGCACUGCUCAGCCGAAGGAGCUGGGAUCGAGGGGCAGCCCAGGGCCUUCCCCUGACACCCAGUCUGUAGGGAAGGGAUGUGGAAGGUCAUGAGAGAGGCUUCAGACACAGGAGCAGGCCCCACAGUCAGGCAGGAGCAGCCUGGGGAGCUGCCAGUUCCGCUGAGAGCCUAGUUUGGUUUUCAUUGUGCCACCACCAAACUGUGGAGGACCCAUUGUGACCCUUCCUCCAGCAGCAGAGACCUUGAGAACUGCAGAGUACCUGGGACCAGGGAACUCUUCACACCACGCGUUGGCUUUUCCAGGUGAGCCCCGCUGACAGGCUGUGUUCCUUGUGGCUUUGUUAGAUUGUCAGUGGAGGAUAUUCUCAUCUCACUCCUCUCAGCCAUCCUCCCACGGUCCUGUGGGUGCAUGUUCCUUUGCACUAACUGGCCACAUGAAUUUUGUGUUAUUGUCUUUGGGGCUUACCCUCAUUUUUUAAAACUAAAGAUAUAGAAAUUCACUUUUCUUUUUUUAUUUUUUUAAUUUGAAAAGUGCAUUGUAUCUGAAAAAGGGCUCAGCCAUUGCUCUCUCUAGUUUCCUUUCACCCAGUUUCCAAACAAACCUCUCCUGGCGCCUCCCUCCCCCUGCUUCCUUGUUUUGGGUCACUGUCCCUGUGGCCACCUCUGCCUCUGCCCUGCUGUCACCACAACCCUGUGCCCCUCCACCCAGGACUCCAGAAGUCAAGAGUCAGCAAGAAGGGCCCACUUGUCCUCAAGAGCGGUCCUGCCUCCCUUCUGCUGCUUGCCGCUGAGGGCAGAGGACUUCCUCUUGCUGUCUCGUGAGGCGGGCUCAGGUUAGAAGGAAGAACUUGGGAUGUGGAAAGGGAUUAGACUGUGCCAUCUUCUGUAGUUUUGGAGCAUAAAGCAUCCCCCCCGACCCCACCCUUCAAAGCAGAUGUCCCUAUUUGCUCUGCCUUCAAAUCUGUGGGCUUCCCACCCUCCACAGUCCCUCACUUCGGUGUCACUACUCUUAAAAGCUUUCUUUCUCCCAUGGGUCUCCCAGGGCGCAGUCCUCUCUGGGACCCACAGCAUCUCUUCACCUCUGCGUGUGCAUUUUUUUAACCAAAUGAAGUGGACAAGAAAGGCAUCCCUGGGGCGGCAGCACUAGUUGAGUAGGAGCCCUGUGUAGAUAGAGACGUUGAUCUGUGUGUUUGUGUAUAUAUAUCAAACCAAGCUCCUGACAGGGAAAGUACAGCUUUACAGAAGAGGAGAGAGGGGCCCUUGAGAGGUUGGAUGGGGCAGCCAUGGAGUGUCCAAGGAGCGCACAGUGUCCCUGCUCCUGCACGGCCCUAUUCUCCACCUCGCCACAGUGGGGCCAGGGACCCCAAGGGUGCUGGUGCUCUCUCAGGGUCCCCAGCAUCAAGGGCAUAGACGGGUGAGGGGGCAACAGAUCAGAAGGACUGGAAUUUUCCAUCCCGUUUUGCUUUGACCACAUGUAUUGAGCUGCAGCCUGAUAUUAUAUCAUGUUUCCAAAAACGGUAUCCAUUAAGAUGGAAGAGAAGAGAUCCCUAGAAAUGUUUACCUUUCCACCGCCCAUGACUUCAGGACACUGGAUAGAAAGACACACUCCCCAGAUAACAGGGAAGAGGAGACCUGGCGACACGCAGUCCCCAGUCCAAGGAACGUGGCUCCCUCCCCAAGGUCAUCUCACCUAGACCAUUCUCUACCAGGUCAUCUCAGCUCAAUCUCAAUUACCCCAUAAACCCUGGUCCGUUGUGUUCCUUCACUGUACGGUUUCUGUAAUAAAAAGUGUUAAUCCAUGUUAAUCUGUGUGGAAAUUAUUGCGUGCAACGGUAUUUUCUCGUGUACCUCUUUUCCUCUGUGAAUUGUCCCUCUUUUCUUUUUUAUUUAUAAACGUCUACUUUUUUUUUUUAAAGACAACCCAAUGUGUUGUAGACCUAUAUGUAACCUAUUCCUUAGUCUCAUAUUAUAGGUAUAAGAAUGGAUAUUUUACUUGGCUUUAGAAUGUUUUACAAGAAAACUAAUUCUUAACUGAUCGAGUCCUUGCUACUAAAAUGCUUGUGUUUUUCAUCAUGAUGUCGUGUGCUUCUAAAUUAAUAAUCAUUUU